AUGGGCUCCUCGCGGGCACCCCGGAUGGGGUGUGUGGGAGGGCAAGGAAUGAUGGCAUUGCUGCUGGCUGGUCUCCUCCUGCCAGGGACCUUGGCUAAGAGCAUCGGGACCUUCUCAGACCCCUGCAAGGACGUGCGUAUCACCUCCCCCAAUGACCCCUGUCUCAUUGGGAAGAGUGGUUCCAGUAGCUUCAGUGGCCACAGUGGCUCCAGCAGCUCCAGCAGUUCCAUUUCCGGUUCCAGUGGCUCCAGUGGCAGCUCUGGUGGUGGCCCCAGUGGUUCUGGUGUCUCCAGUGGUGGCUCCAGCGGAUCCAGUGUCGCCCAGGGUGGUUCUUCAGGAUCUUCGUUAUUUAAGCCAGGAACAGGGUAUUCCCAGAUCAGCUACUCCUCAGGAUCCAGCUCCUCCCAGUCGGGAAGCAGCUCCUCCCAAUCAGGAAGCAGCAGCAGCUCCUCCCAGUUGGGAAGCGGCAGUUCCCAGCCAGGGUCUGGCUCCGCUCUACCAAUCAGUGGUGAUUCUUCCCGCUUACUAAUAAGCUCUUCCCAGUCUGGAGAAGGCUCAAGCUCAUCUGUUUCCCAAACUUCCUGGAUAUCCAGCAGCGGUGGCCAAAGAGUCAACUCUAACUUACGCCCUUGUAAUUCAGAUGUCUCCGACUCUCCCUGCAGUGGGGGGCCCAUCGUCUCACACUCAGGCUCCUACAUCUCCAGCUCCCACUCCGUGUCAGGGGGUCAAAGGCCAGUGGUGGUGGUGGUGGAGCAGCAUGGCUCUGGUGGCCCUGGAUUGGCUCAAGGUUCUCCCUGUAGCAGUGGUGGCCUUCCAGGCAAGCCCUGCCCCCCUAUCACCUCUGUAGACAAAUCCUAUGGCAGCUAUGAGGUGGUGGGUGGCUCCUCUGACAGUUAUCUGGUCCCAGGCAUGACGUACAGUGGGGGCAAAAUCUACCCUGUGGGCUACUUCACCAAAGAUAAUCCUGUCAAAGGCUCUCCAGGGGUCCCCUCCUUUGCAGCUGGGCCCCCCAUCUCUGAGGGCAAAUACUUCUCCAGCAAUCCCAUCAUCCCCAGCCACAGCUCUUCUAGUUCCAACAUCUACCCAUCAGGAGCUUCCUCGGCUAUUGUGUUCCAGCCAGUGGGCUCUGGUGGGGUUCAGCCUUGUGGUGUUGGCUCUAAGGGGCCCUGCUCCCUCUCCAGUUCUGGACUCCACAGCAGUUCUAGCGUUUCCAGCAGUUCAUCCUUCCAUCCCUGUGGCGGUGUUUCACAGGGGCCCUGCUCCCCACCAGGCACUGGCUCCUUUAGUGGCAGCUCCAGCUCCCAAUCCAGUGGCAAAAUCAUCCUUCAGCCCUGUGGGAGCAAGUCCAGCUCUUCUGGUCACCCUUGCAUUUCUGUCUCCUCCUCAACAUUGAGUGGGGGGCCCGAUGGUUCUCCCCAACCUGAUCCUUCAGCUGGUGCCAAGCCCUGUGGCUCCGGCAGCUCUGGAAAGAUCCCCUGCCGAUCCAUCCGGGACAUCCUGGCCCAAGUGAAGCCUCUGGGACCCCAGAUAGCUGACCCUGAAGUUUUCUUACCCCAAGGAGAGGUACUUGACAGUCCAUAAGUCGUCCUUUGCAUAUGUGCAUGUGUGGGCAUACACGUAUAUACACACACACCAUCUCUCAGUUGGGAGAAGUCCAGGGGCCCAGGCAUUGGGUUAGCUCAGUUUCCCUCCUCCUUCCCAAGAGAGCUGUUCUAUUUCCUCCAUUGCUCCAAUAUGAUAGAUGC